UUAUUAAUUCAUUUGCAAUCUAAAUCGCAUGCGUUAAGUGUCAAUAAAAAUGUCUUGUAGAAAGAUCGAUUUGUAAAAAAUAUAUUUAGAUAAGUUAUUGUAGUAAAAUAGGUUCUGUUCCCAAGUGUAACUUGUAAAGUAUAAAAAUGACGGACAUUAACGCGGCGAAGAAGGAAGUUUUAGAUGAAAUAGUAAAUAGGGGGAAAUUGGGAGACAAGAAAUUUCACUCGGAGACGUCGCUGCAACAAUUUGGUGAAGAUGAAGCGGCGGAUGCACCGGAGACACCUGCCGGAGACGAUCCAGGAGUCCAAAACACAUCUGUCAGUAAUGGCUCCAGCUCCGAAGACAUGCAGGGCAGAAGACGCACCAUGUCACAACCAGGCCCGGUCUCCGGGAACCUGGUGACAGCCACAGCUGCCAGGGCAGCGCGGCGGAGACCACAGAGAAGUGUCAUGUACCACCCUGAUAUUGCACGAAGUGAUUCCGCAAACGAGAGGCAAUCGCCCAGGGUUUUUAAUCUUAGUAGAGGAGAUGAGUCGGGAUCUGCUACACCUAUUGGUGACCGCAGCAGUCCGUUACCAUAUAAUGGAAACCUCAAAAAUGGAGACGCAAAAUCAUUGAACAGUUACCGCUUGUAUAUGCCACAGAGCGACAUGCGAGGCAGUGCGACUCCUCGCAAGAGAUCCGUGGCCACAAUGGACGCCCAGUCUAUACGCUCAGUAGAAACACACGCGCCUCCGCCCACCAGUCCUGAGGAUAAUAAAAAGCUUACCACAAAGUACCUGACACUCAUAAUAAGCUGCAUGUAUGCAGUUCUGCUGGUCACUCUCGGCCUAGUGAUCUACCUGAGCGACUCCUUCAUCGACUAUUCUAUUUCCGAGAUUUACUCCAUCAUACUCUGCAGCGUCGGAAUGGUGUAUAUCAUAUACUUGCUUGUCGACAUAACGCGGUACAAGUCGAUAGCAGUCAAAAAUCACAAAAUUAAAGCCAUGCAUGAAGAAAAAGUUAUGGAUUACUUCAGAAAACAAGAGGAGCAAUUGGGUUCAAUAACCCCCGGAGACCGCACCCCUGAGUCAUCGUACAGGAUACCAGGGAUGCCACCCCCGGUGCUCAUCCCCACCAAGCAUGAAUACUGCUUCAGCCAGGGCCGGCACUCUGGAAGCUUCUACCUCAAGAUGGGAGCCGCUGGUUUCGCUCUAGGCCACUUGGUGCACUCGCUCCUCCUACUAGCCGUUCAAAUAGGCCAGUUAGUAGACGAGAACCUGGACAAUGAUGAAUGUGUGAACAUCCUGCAAGUAGUCCUCGACGUUAUGCUGCCCGCUUACUGCUUCCUCCAACUGUAUUUCAUCUUUAAAUACUCCAACGUUAUCGUCUUGCGAGCUCAGGGCUUGGCUCACUUCGCGUUCAUGCAUCUGAUCGGCAGCAGUCUGUGCUUUUGGAUAUCUGCGAUCGUUCGUGAGACUUUGUUGGGAUUGACGCUGUAUGCUAAUUCUAGAUAUGGCAGCGCAGACUACGCGAGCGAAACUGCUAAUGUCACUAUUCCUGAACAUGAUAAAUCGCUAGACCAGAGAUUCAUCGACGUUAGCAACCUAUACAACCCGAACUGCAACAGUACUGCAGCCAUUAGUUCGAUAUAUGAGAAUUUCUCGCCAUACCUCUAUCCGUUCAACGUGGAAUUUAAUAUUCUUAUUGUUGCCAUUUACUACAUCAUCUGGAGUAACAUCGGUAACUGUGACAACGAAGACAGCAACAAUUCUGAAAUUAACUCUAGCAGUGAAGAUAACUACCACCUCUGCAAGAUCCCAACGGCAAAUGAAGACAAUGACUUUACUAGCAACAUCGUGAUCUAUGCUGACUGCCACGCCUCCAACCGUGGACUAUUCUUAGGACUCAUAGUCAUGGUAGUCGUAACUGGCAUGCUUAUCUUAGGCUUCGUCUUCAGCAGUGUUGGAGAUGACUUCGUGGAGCUAGGCUACCUUCUUACUAACAGCACGAAGUUAGGUCUUCACGUUCUCCUGCUAUUCGGAGUGGUGAUAGCCUUCAACCAGAUGCGUCAACUGGACAUCAAUGAGCACCCAAUCUCACUGCUGGAUGAUGUGUUGCUCUUCAUUUGUUUACCAGCCUUCUUUAUGGAGACUAUAUUCUCGCUGGUCGCAACUAUUAGCAUCACAAAUGUUGUGAAGAGUAUCGAUUUUGCAGUUAUGGUCAUACAAGUGCUGAUCCAAACGCCAUUAAUCAUGGACGGCCUUCGUCGCUGCAGUAACACCAAGAAGCUUCGCAGGAAGAAGCCGGGCCGUGAGAUCUUAAUGUUCCUCUUAAUCACCAACGUGGCUAUGUGGAUCUUCAACACUUUCUCCUACAAAUCCCCCGACAGCCUCGACGAGAGAUAUGAGUUCUAUGGAAAAGUGAUCUGGACUAUACUGGGCCACGUCAGUUUGCCCCUGAUAAUGUUCUACAGAUUCCAUUCCAGUGUUUGCUUCGCUGAUAUCUGGGAUUCAGCAUACAAACCUGGUGCUGAACAUUAGUAUGUUAAUGUAGUUCAAUUUAGAAGAUUAUAUGUAUUUUAAUUUUCAUUCAAUAGUUGCGUAGGUACUUAAAAUAAUAUAAUACAUCGUUGGAUGUAUUCAUCAUACAGAAAUGAAUAAAUAUCACACAAAUGUGCUAUAGUAGUGUUAUAAGUCAUUAGUGUUUGAACUGUAAAUAAUAAAGAAACAUCAAUAAGUGCUAGCUAGUAAAAUAAUAAUUAAGUGAAACAAUUGAUAACGUAUAUUAAUAACGGCUGGACUGAAUUUAUAAAUACUUUUUUUAUAUUCGCGUUCCUCGAUAAUGUAAUGUCGGGACACCUGAAUUAGUUUACUAUAUUUCAGUUAUAGCUAGACUAUUUUUUAUAUUAUGUAUAGCUAUUUACUAACUUAACUAGAUUUCUUAAAAGAAUUAUAAACUAGCGUUAAUGGUAAGUUAGUUAGAUACAUAUUACAUAACUUUAAAUAAGUGAUUUUACCAGAAAGUUUACAGCUAUAAAACAUAUGAGAUAAAAAUAUUGUCUGUGUUUGUGAUUCUAUUUUCCUCCUUAGCUCAUCACUGACUUACAUAAAAUUCCUUACAUACUUAUACAUUACAUUACUUACAUAAAAUUCCUUACAUACUUAUACGUUACUUACAUAAAAUUCCUAAGCAAAAUGUGAAUAAGUAGUCCCGUCGGAUGAUCGCCCACUCCUACGUGGGUGUCAUAGACUUUAGACGACUAAAGGAUUUUGUCGCGCGAAUGGACAAUAGUCUGCUUUUAUUUAAAGAUCGAUCGAUCGCACUGAGUUCACCCAUUCUUCCAUCAAUUGUGGAUAGGAUCAUGUAAUGCUAAUUAUAAUUAUUUAAGCUCUGUGAAUAAAAAUAACAUUUUUUUUU